UAAAUUAGCAACAACAACAGGAGAAACAUCAGUAUUCGAAGUACCUGGCAAAUGUAUACGGGGGAGUGGCACUGAACCUUAAAAAUACAUCAGUGUAUGGUAUACCGGGCAGUGGCACUUGUUGUUGUUGUUGCACGACCCCAUUGACCAGCAGUGCUAGACCAGGUCCGUGACGUUAUACACCCUCAAAAAAUCCAACACCGUCAAUGGAUCACCUGCUAAAUCCUGUUUGGUGAGCUCCAGGCACGCGAGGAUGUAGUGAGGCGAAGCCUGGUUUGAAGAACAGUUGGUACAAAUUUCAAAGUUCUUGGAUCCUUCCGAAAAUUUCAUUGAUUUAGUAGUAGUAGUAGAGUGGCACUUACAUAGAUCUAGUACAUAUUUCGGACAUUUACCAAAGCGACUAUGUGAUUGUCAAUAUUUAUCGGUGGUUACCACCACCACCUCACUGAUGCUUUCCUCCCGUGAUCAUGUCCUCUCCUGUCCCUGAAUUCAGAGAAGCUCACCAAUAUUGGCAGCCCCUUCUCAACAAUGACAUCAUCAGGCCCAAACCUCGGAGAGUAGGAGAGAUGAGCAGUAAACAACACAGUAGUAGUCCACCACUCAUCCAGAGGACAUCCAGCAGGGAGAGGCUCUUUGGGGGAAAUCCCUUGAAACCAUUCGACAAAGAUGACGGAGAUGCACCACCGACGAUUACUAAAGCCAGCAGCAAAGAGAAUCUCCUGCAGAGUCCUCCUGCCACCGUGGCUGGUGGCAGGAGUCCUAGCAAAGAAAAUUUGUGUUCGCCAAACAGCAGAGAAAACACGCCACAUUCUUCAGCACCUUUUCUGAAGUCAAAGGAAAAGUCGCCGCCCCACGCCAAUGUUUCCAGGGAACCUUCUCCUCUUCACAACAGUGGUAGACCGCCAAGCAAGGAGUCUUCAGUCAACACUAUUCAGCAGCCAAUUAUCUCUAGACCGUCAAGUAAAGACUCUUCUUCAGUGCCAUCACAGCUACGGAGUACUAGUAGGUCAUCCAAUAAGGACGUUAGUACUUCCCGGCCACCCUCAAAAGAGCCAAUCACAACAGAGAUUCGCGCUCGAACUCCCAGUAAAGACUCUUUAGUGAAUAAUGCUCCUUCUCAUCGAAUAAACUGUAAAACUCCAACUAGUAAGGAAUACAAUAUUUCUAAUAACUGUAAUACUUAUUCCCACCCACCGGAAAUGUCCAAGCUACAACGAGAUCAGCACCAUUCAAUUGUUCAUGCCAAGAGCUCGCCAGGACUUAGCACCAAAACGUCUCCAACUUUCCUGAGCGAAACACAGUACUCAGAAAAAGAUUUCAGGGGUCACCAACUUGUGUGGGAAUAUAAGGAUGCAGAAGAGGAUGAGUUCUCGCCAGAUGGUCACUUAUCGCCGUAUAUGGAUUCCAUGUCCAACACAGAUUGUGGCUCUCUUAGUAAAAGUUCCUCAGAUGGCGAUCCUAUAAUAUGUCGCCGAAGGCCGCCAACUCGACUGAAAUCUAAGAGAAGAAAUAUUUUGUCUUUCCCACAGGUCUUAGGGUUGGAUGAUGGGCGGCUGAUUCAAAGACGUCAUGAAUGUUACGGAGGAUCUUCUAGUGAUGAAAAUAAUAGGUCCUCUGGGCAUGCCAGUAUGAGUGAUGGCCAGUCUUCCUACUUAAGCUCCUCUCCUACAGAUGGCGUUCUGUCCAGAGUCUCUGGUCGAUUGUGUGAAAAAUUAGACGAAUUCAACGACGGGCGAGCGGACUCAUCAGAGCAACGGUUCGGUAGGGGAACUCCCUUAAAGUCGGUGCCGGAAGACGAAAGACUGCUUACGUCAUCUCACCACGCUUCCACGAAAGUGUGUCGAAAGCCCACACCCUCUAGGAAACCCCACAGGACACCCCUCGAAGGUGCCUGUGGACUUGAAGACAUUCGACAGGCUAUCGAACAACUUUCGGUGCGUACUCACGGAUCCAGGACUAGUUAUUCCACGUCUACGUAUUCCUCCGUGAGUGGUAGUGAAUCCGAACCGGUCAGACGGUUGAUGAGGCACUCCAGCCUCGAAACCAUCAACACCAACAUCACAAACGCCGAUGAGUUCGUUUGGGUGGACAAUCACACCCGUUUGAUGGAACUCCAGAGAGUGCCCUGGUCCAAUCACGACAUUUUGAAAGUGAUGCAGACGGGCAGGUUGAGAGAGCACCUGGGACAAAUAUCGAUGGAAACCGUGCCUAGGUUAUCCUACCUACUCCAGAGACCUCUGGUGAGAAUCGCCAGAGAAGCUCAAAGGUUUUCCAAAACUUUGGGAAUGUGCACGAAGCAGGAUAUCAGUAGUUCCUUGAAGACUGUACUGUCACCCGCUCUGGCAGACAGCUGCAUCAAAGCUUGUCACCGAUCUGCCGCCAUUUCGGCUGUCAGCGGUGAUCAGAUGAAACUCAGCAAAAGUGCCAGGGCUGGUCUUCAGCUGUCUGUUGGGCGUUUUCAUAGGUGGAUGUGCGACGUUCGAAUUGGUUCCUUUGUGCAUCAGUAUGCUGCCAUCUAUCUGACGGCGGCAAUCGAGAAUCUUCUGGAAGAGAUAGUGCUCCAGUGCAUGCCUUUAGAUGGCAUGUUUACAGCCACAAUGCUCGAAACAGCCAUAUCAAAUAGUAGUGAUUUCUGGGGAUUAUUUCAACCAUUUUCUCAUUUGAAUGCUGGAAGGACCGCGACGGGUGCUCUUUCUCUGCCCCGAUGGCCCAUACAAUCUGAUAACAGCAACAGCAGGCCUGGGAGUUCGGUGCAGCUUCACCACGCCGAGGACCAGCCCCAGUCGAACAGGCCGCCCUCCACUUGCAAGUCUGUGGAACAGCAUUUACUCACCACGUGCGUAGGCAGCACAGCAGAACUCGGUGAUGUUUUGCGUAGAGUUGUGCAGUACUAUCAGCACAUGACUUUCGUAACGAACCGCUGCAGUCUCGUCUGGGGUCCUUCAGCACUGCACGCCCUCUACUACUUCAUGAGAUGCUCCCAACUUGAACACGCCGACCAUACCAACCACAGAAGUCCUGUGCAAGAGCUUGUCUAUGAGAGACCCUAUUUAGUUCUGCCUCCUCUCAUUGAGUGGGUGAGAGUGGCCAGUGCUCAUGCCGAACACAGGAGGUCUCAAGUAGUUGAUAAAGACGAUGUCAUGCAAGCUGCUCGAUUACUUCUUCCAGGUGUCGACUGUCCUGUCAGAGAAUUCGGAAUCUACGAUGACCGUUUACACUGCUGCAAGAGGUCAGACGAUCCAGAAUGUGCCAGAAUGUUAAAAGUUGAACUGGCUUUCCGUAUGCUGGCCAGCGGAAGGACAGAUCUCGUACCACAUGCUCUCCAACUCCUACCUCCAAGUCAUGUAAAUACAUUUAACGAACAGGGUUUGAGUCCCCUUAUGGUGGCAUGCAUCCGUGGGGACGAAGCUAUGGUCCAUAUCCUCUUGGAUGCCGGAGCUGAUGUUGAUCUGGAAACUCCAGCUUCAAGUAGUGCGUAUCCAUGCGUCAAUCCGGAAACUCAACACUGGACAGCUUUGACUUACGCAACAACGCACGGGCAUUUGUCUGUCAUAAAGCUUUUGCUAGAGAAAGGAGCUAAUGUGGAAGGCGGAGCUCGGCUAAGCGAAGAGAAAAUCACAGUCACACCUCUUCAACUAGCCGCGGCAUCAGGGCGUUUGAAACUAGCGGAAUUGCUAUUGAUGCACGGGGCUCAUCCAUUCCUUUCUACCACUCUGAGGGACACCCUGGCCUACGGGGGUGCUGCUCAGAGGGGCUGCUACAGUGCCAUAGCGGUUGCUGGUGCCCACGGACAGCGCACCAUGCUCCACUUGUUACUCUCUCACCCAGUCACCAAAAGCAAUAAAGAUGUUCUCUCUCUGGAAGAGAUACUGGCAGAGGGCGCCUCACAACUCACAUGUGACAGGAGAACGAACAGGCUGCAGGUUGUUCCUGUGUCUGUAGAUGAUUUGAACAAAUCUUCAACAAGUAUUCCUUCCUCUGAAAACAAUCAAGUAAUAAAGUUGACCAAAGCCCAGUUGAAAUCACUCCAAGAAGCCAUGUAUCACUGUGCUGAAAAUGGACAUAUCGAUAUUACGCUCGAUUUGAGGAACAUAGGUGUGCCGUGGACAUUGCAUUGCUGGAUGAACACUCUAGCGAUGGCUUACGAGAUGCAAGUCGAACCAGUGAUUGACCAACUACUGCAAGACUAUCUGCAAGUUUGGCCCGAGGAUUGCAGCUCACAGUUUGUUGAUGAAUGUCUUCCUCUACUUUUCACCAUUUUUAGACACAGCAAGAAGGAAGGUACAAGCUUGUUGUUGGCGGACAUAUUCUCUAACUGUUACAGCAAAGAAUCUAUCAAAGAAAUAAGAAAUGUCUCUUACAUUGGCGGUGCUAGAAUAGAUCCAACUUAUGUGAAUAAUCCAGAGAUGUCCGACGUCCAGUUCCGAGUAGAGGGUCGGGUGUUCUAUGCUCACAAAAUCAUCUUAGUGAAUGCCUCACCGAGAUUUAAGUCGAUGCUCUCCACAAAAUUCUCAGAGGGAGUUCCUCCCGUUGUGCAAAUUAAUGACAUCCGAUAUGACAUAUUUCAAUUGAUGGCUGCGGCGAGCUUCUUCCAACUGGAUGGACUUCUUCGAUUCUGUGAAUCACGAAGUUCUAAAUUGGUAGAUCUGGACAACGUCGUCUCCAUGUACAUCCACGCCAAAGUGUACAACGCGGUCUACCUUUUGGAAUACUGCCAGGGUUUUCUUCUGCAGAACAUGGUGGCCCUCCUCACCUACGACGACAGCGUCAGGAAACUGAUAUUCGGGAAGAAACUGCACAACCACGACGUACUCAGCGGACUUCUCCUGACGCUGCAGAACAGGAUUAGAGAAAAAACACCGGGAAACAAACCGAGUGGUAAGAGUUGAAGAAUUGCAGGUUUUUCUUAGAACAUUGAGGUGUGCGUGCCAUGGAUU